CUAGUCUCUUUUACUGACGCGGUCGUCCCCACGAAACCAAGAUGGCGGAGAAAACUGAACGAGUGAUGAGGGUUACUGCACAAGAAAUGGCGGACGCGAAGAUCCCUUUGAAUGGUCGCGAUUACUGUGCACAUCUAUUGAUUCCACUCUUAAAAUGUCGUAAAGAGACCUACUACUUUCCUUGGAAAUGCCAUCACGAGAAGCACGCUUGGGAUAAGUGUCAAUAUGAUGAUUUAAUGUACAGGACCCGAGAGAAAGAACGGCGCAAGCUCCAAGAAAAAGGCCAUUUGUGAUUACUAAACCAAUUCCUUAGUUUUUUGUGUGAUCAAUAUGAUGGAUAUUAUUAAGUUACAGAAUAAUGUCAUUGUAUUUUAUAUUUCUGUAAAUAAACUGGUAUUACAACUUG